AUGGAGAGCUAUGAGCAGUUUUGCCUUCAAACGUUGGCAUUUCUGCAGGAUGAGGGUACAUUUGAGAAGAUGACACGUGAACCACUUUGUCCCCUGAAGGCAUCAUCUGUCAUCCUUUUCCAUGGAAGACCUAUUCUUCCUCCUCAGCUUACAGCUGAGCAACGCCAGACAAUGUGUAACUACAGGCAACAGGCAGAGCAGCUGGAGGUGCAAAGGCAGAGCCAGCAGAGGAACCGGCUCAUAGCCCGCGUUCAAGACCUCCUGGACCAAGCACAGACAAAAACUUGUGGCUUCGUCGGAUUACCUCAAACUGAAAAGCCUCCUGAAAACAAUGGCCCAAACGGUCACCCAGGCCCCUCUCAAUUUCGACGACGUUGCCACACGUUAGACAGCCAUCCGACAGAGUCCAUAGACCGCAGCCAGGAAAGAGUACCACGCUUUAUGGCAGGCGUAACGUGGCUCGGUCCGAAUCGGCGUCUCCCCGUGGCCGCUCUUAAUCAGUCUUACACCACAGAGUACCCCUCGACUUCACAGCCAAGUUUGAGUCCUGACCCUCCCAAUGUUCCCAGAAGAGCACCGGAAACACAGAGCAAAGCUGCCGGCACACAGAGGCAGACGCAGGGUUUAGAGGAGAGGCAAAGACAGCUGGAGGAUGAUCAUGGCCUUCACAUGUCCAAGCUGCUGGCAGAGCAAGAGAGAGAACAACAGCGCUUCUUACUGGAGCAGGACCAGGCUGCAAGGAGGCUGAAGGAGAUAUCAAGGCGACCGCUCAGUGCAGAUGCCAGUGGGUGGAACCACAGAAUGGUCAGCGACACCUGCCCCAUAAUCAGCCCCACCUGCCCCCGCAUCAGCCCCGCACACACCCCGUCAGAGCGGCCCAUAGGUUUUCAAAUUCCAGCCAUAUCUCCAUCUGUCCUGUUACCAAACACCCAGUUAUGGGGGCCCAGCUGGACCAGUAGCAAACCUCGGACAAGACUCAGUGAGGUCAUUACACCAGAGCUUCAAAAAGCCUACUGCCGCAUCUGUGCAAUCACACGAGGCUUUCUCACUCGACGACUCCUCAAAACUGAAAAGGUCAAACAACUGCGGCAAACUGUUGUGGACACACAAGCCUUUAUUUGUUCUCUCCGGACUGAAGCCCCUCUAAAGAAAGUGUCCCACACAACUCAAGACCUUUCCUUGCAGGAGAGAGUCAGCGCUCAGUUGCGCGCAGCCCGUUAUGACAUCCACGACAUCUUCUUCCAAAUGCCUUUGUCACAAAGUUUAGCGCUCCUACAACAGGACCGGGAGCUCCGCCUGGAACGAAAGAUGAGAGACUUGGAAAAGUCAAAGACAUCUAAAGAUAAGGCUCUCUCUGCUGCUACACAGAGGUCCAUAGACCGAAAGAAAAGGGUGAGCCAGUCUCCAGCGCCGACGAGGAGGACGCAACAGAAACCAAAAAGCCCCACCACAAAUCGAGUUCUAAAACCAAGCCAGGGUCAAAAUUCACCUACUAUGGGCCAACUCAACCACCAGGGGAGUUGGUACAAGAAGAAAACCCCAGAGGAGAGGGUCCGGCGAACAGACAGCCUUAAAAAGCAGCACUCUCUGGGCUGA